CCUAUUUUGUAUUACGGCGUUUCUUUGCUCCAUUAAUUACACACACGCUAAUAUGGAUGGGGGCCCCGGUCUGUGGUUUGUCCACGGAAUAAACGAUUGCAAAGAGGAACUGCCACGAGUGGCCGUCAACCUUACCGUCAACAAGCACAAAUUGAAUCGUACGCACGACGUAUACGAUUCAGUAAUGGACGUAUAUGAAACGGUGGGCGACGGCUAUGGGAUUUUAAUAGACAUUUGCAAGCAUACAGAUGGUGGAUGCAAGCAAGUUCAAUUAGUCACGGACAACGAUAUAGGAAAGUUUGCCGAGAAAUAUGCCCAAAACAAUAUGGAAGUAGCUUUCAGUAUGGCUGGAAUGGAUCCUCCACAUUUUCCUAUCCAACCGGGUUCCUACAAAGUCGAGAACUUUUACUUCGACCAUUGUGAAAUGCCAGAGGAAUCCAUAUAUGGGGAGUUCACCGCGGACGCAUUUGUCGUGAAAGAUAACGUGCGCGUGGCGUGUUUCAGGGUACACGUCGAGUUUCGGGAAGACGAAGACGAUAUUUGUAACAGGGGAUAGAGUUUUAUGUUAAUAAAUACAUACAAAUCUU